GUCACAGUGUACCUAAUGAAGCUCAUUAGUUCAUUGAAUGACCUAAAAAUAUCCUUACGGACAGGACACUAAAUAAGAGAAAUUUAAUUAAAUUGCUAAAACUUUAUAGAAAUGUCACAUCGACUUUUUGUGUUAAUUUUCAUUCUAAAUACUAUUCUCAUCACGGUCUCUUCCGCAGACACUCCUGAAAGUAGAAUGUAUGCGAUUGAAGGAAGAGUGUUUCCUGCUCCACAUCAAGAUAAACUAAACUGGCAAGUACAUAUACGUAUAUCCCUAAAUGGCGGCGAAUAUAUUGGCUUUCUCCGAGACAACGGCACAUUUGUCAUACGUAAUGUACCUAAAGGUUCUUACAUCGUAGAAAUCAUUCAUCCCGACUACAAAUAUGGUCCUGUGCGAGUAGAAAUCAAUUCUAAAGGAAAAUAUCGAGCUCGAAUAGUUGAUUUGAUUCAAACGUCAGAGGUUAUAGUAUUGUCGUAUCCUCUUAAACUUAAGGUAGCUUCGAAGUUGAAUUAUUUUCAAGAACGUGAACAAUGGCGUCUGACUGAUUUCUUGUUCGAUCAUAUGGUAGUCAUGAUGUUGCUGCCUCUAUUGAUUAUCAUGAUCCUGCCGAAGUUAAUGCCUCUGGAGACUCAAGAAGACCUCAAAAAAAUGAGCAAAAUGGCAAAUAUUUCAGACAUACCAGACGUGUCAGAGAUGUUCACAAAUCUUUUUAGCGGCGCAACAGCUAAAUUAUCAAAACCAAAAACAAAAAAGUAUAACAAAUGUACUAUGCAAUCUACGAGUACCUUGUAAUUCUACACUAGAACUUGGAAGGGUAUAUAAAUCACAUGUGACAGAAAUACACGCGUAUUA